GAUAAUAAAGUUAUCAAAACAUGGAGCAACCGGUUUAGAACCGUUUCGAGGCAUGUUUGAACCGGUUGAGGAACGGAAAUUCAACAAAGCGGUUUCAUCCCUCGGCACGGUACACUUUGCUGUUGUUGUUUUGCACCGGCUGCACGCAUCAGGAUGGCAGAAAACGAAAAUACUUGCAAGCAAAUGGAUAUUGCUGUACAGCGCCACCGGAAGAUGUUGCAUUACGUGACCAAGAAGUGUGUUCCCCUGCUCGAGAGCAAGCUGAAAGAGGCGGACGAGAAGUCGUCGGAAUGGAAGGAACGAGCACUGAAAGCGGAAGGAAAGGUGGCACUACUCGAGCGGCAACUGGAGGAAAAGGCUGCCCAGUCACAACACUACAAAAAAUUGUACGAAGGUCAGUACCAGGUGAUGAUGAAGAUCGGCACCGUGAUGGGUGAGAUCGUGUGGAAAUCGUUCAAGAGCCACUCGAACGUGAAGGUAUUGGUGCAGGCACAAGACCCGAUGCUGAAGUACUGUGCCCUAGCGAAGGGCAUCAUCGAUUCGUUUCUGCUCGCCUACGGUACCAGCCUGCCGCCGCUCCAUUCGCUCGAGCACGUGUUCGUCGUAUCGCUGCUCGGAUCGAUCACGAACUUGGCCGCGUUCGUGGAAGGGCGUGCGUUCCUCGCCCAGCAGGAGCUGGUGGUGGAGUUGCUGAAGCGGAUGGUGCUCGAUCAGGACCGCUGGAGCUAUCCGCACUUUCGCUUCAUCAAGCGCAUGGUGCUCACGUUCGCGUACAACAUGUCGCUCGAGGAUCCGGUCGCGUUCGUUAUGCUGGGCGAGGAGAGGCUCGUCAACAGUGUGCUGCGCUGCCUGAGCAUGCACGAUCCGACCGAUGUGGUGGCAGCGGCGGUGGCCAUUAUCUAUCGCUUGCUGAGCGUAACGGUGGAGGCAGGAAUACCGUCAUCGCUGUCGGAGAAGAUCCCGUGGGCCAUGAUCAAAACGAUGAAGGAUUCAACGGACGAGCAGCUGGGAGAGAUUGCGACCAGCCUGCUCGGCGUGAUGGAAGUGUCGGAAGGCAAAGGAUUUUAGAGCAAUGAUUGAAAAUCCUGUUUUGUACUGAAAUAAAUCAUGGAAUGGAGUAGAAUUGUUGUAUAAAAAAA